AUGUCAAAUCACACCUCAGUCACUGAAUUUCUCCUACUGGGAGUGACAGACAUCCAAGUACUACAGCCUUUUCUCUUCGUGGUUUUCCUUGCAAUUUAUUUCAUCAUUGUGGCUGGGAAUGGUGUCAUCCUGAUGAUUGUCAUCUCUGAUCCAAGACUCCAUUCACCUAUGUAUUUCUUCCUGGGAAACCUGUCAUGUCUAGACAUCUGCUACUCCACAGUGACACUGCCAAAGAUGCUAGAGAACUUCCUCUCUACACACAAAGCAAUUUCUUUCAUGGGAUGCAUAAGCCAGCUUCACUUCUUGCACUUCCUGGGAAGCACAGAGGCCAUGUUGUUGGCAGUGAUGGCCUUUGACCGCUUUGUGGCUAUCUGCAAACCACUUCGUUACACUGUCAUCAUAAAUCAUCAGUGCUGUACCCACACAGCUAUCACUAUCUGGGUUAUUGGUUUUUUCCAUGCCCUUCUGCAGUCCAUAAUGACCUCUCACUUGAAUUUCUGUGGUUCCAAUCAUAUCCGUUAUUUCUUCUGUGAUGUUAAGCCAUUGCUGGAGUUGGCCUGUGGGAACACUGAGCUCAACCAGAGGCUGCUCAAUACUGCUGCAGGGACCAUUGCCAUGGGCACAUUCUUUUUAACACUUCUCUCCUAUUUCUACAUUAUCAUCCAUCUUUUUGUCAAGACCCAUUCUUGCAGCAUGCUUCACAAAGCACUGUCCACUUGCGCCUCCCACUUCAUGGUAGUUAUUCUUUUGUAUGCCCCUGUUGUCUUUACUUACAUUCAUCCUGCCCCAAGUAGUUCCAUGGACCAGGACCGGGUCAUUGCCAUUAUGUACAGUGUGGUCACACCUGUACUAAACCCACUGAUCUAUACUUUGAGAAACAGGGAAGUAAAAAGGGCCUUGAGUAGGGUGAUCAGAAGGAGGCUCCAAUUUGAAGAAACCUAG